GUGCUGGUGUCAGGUUUGAUCCACACCUCCACACGGGAAGGCUGAAGAUACAAGCUGAUACUGAUAAGAAGGAAGAGAAGAGAAACUAAACAUCACCAUGAAGCUGCUGACUGUGUCUACACUUCUCUGCGCAAUGGUGUCUCUGGGCACUGCUGCUGCACGUCGAGCUAAAGUGGCCAGUAAUGGGACAGAGCCAUUAAUUCCAGCAGGAGAACAUCAUGUUGCAAAGAGAGCAGCAUCUUGUCCAAGCGGCUGGACUCAGUAUGGGAAUCGAUGCUUUCUCUACAAUAACCAUCAAAUGACUUGGUCUCAGGCGCAGAGAAUCUGCCAGACCAUAAAUGCAAACCUGGCAUCUGUACACAGCUACGAGGAGUAUCAGUUCAUUCGAGGCGUCAUAUCUAGUGCCACUCAUGAAAGUGGACUAACAUGGAUUGGUGGCUCAGAUGCUCAACAGGAGGGUUACUGGUUUUGGAUGGAUGGAACCCGUUUCACAUUUACGCAAUGGUGUCAGGGAGAACCUAACAACCAUAGGGGAAACGAGCAUUGCUUGCUGGUGAAUUUUUCAGGAAGCAAGUGUUGGAAUGAUGGGACAUUGGAUCUGGGUAUGACCCCCCUGCCCCCAGCCACCUUCUCCAGCUAUCCAGGGGAUUUCCGUGCAUCCUGGGUGUGCUCCGAGGCCUCCACCUGGUGGAAUGCCCAAAAGAACCUCACAAAAAAGGAUGCCUGGAGAGAUGAGCCCUCCGUCACAGAUGGUGUGGUCAGUGAAGAGGAUCACCUGCAGAGAAAAGAGAGAAGACCAUCUACAAAAGACAGAGGCACCAUGAAGCUGCUGCUUGUGUCUGUACUUCUUUGUGCAGUGAUGGUUCUGACCCCUGCUGCUUUUCUUACAGAUAAAGUUGACAGCAGUGGUGCAGGGGAUUUAAUUCCAACAGGAAUAAGUGACCAGGUCAACAUGUCCUCUUGUUGUCCUCAUGGUUGGACUCGGUUCAAUCGUCGCUGCUUUGUCUAUAUUCCAACAGCCAUGAACUGGGCUCACGCUGAGAGAAAGUGCAGGUCCAUGGGGGCCCACCUUGCAUCUGUGCACAGCAGCAGCGAGUACCAUCUGAUUCAGAAGCUGACUGGCCCUUAUGGCUACAAAACUACUUGGAUUGGAGGAACUAAUGCAUCUGGGAAACAUGUUUGGUCGUGGACUGAUGGGAGCUGUUUCAGCUAUACACACUGGUGCCCAGGAGAGCCUAAUAAUGCCUGUGGCAAUCAGCAUUGUCUGCAGAUAAAUUAUAGUGGUUCCAAGUGUUGGGAUGAUUUGCAGUGUGACUCACGUCUGCCAUCUAUCUGUGCCAGGAAAAUCUCAAGACACCUGGGCUGAGACUGAAGCAUGAAAUUCCUAUAAAAACACAAACUGAUGUACAAUAGUGUUUGUGUUUUGCUUGCUCCAAUUUCUUUAUUUCAUUUUCAAGCAUUACAUUUUUUCUCUCAUUGUAGCACCCAAUUAAAACAUCAAACGACAAAUCAACAAAAACUGCAUUGUCUUUUAAGACCUUGUGUCUUUAACAAGAGCAGACUGGUUGUGUUACUACAGCGUUGAUUUUAGAAAACUGUUCUUUCUUCUGUUUUUCAUUUUUUUUCACUUGUUUUAUGCAGCAAUAAAGCUUUUAGUCAAGCAUC